CGCCCCGCCCCAGGCGGGGAGGGUCGGUGCUAGGGAAGGGCCUGCCAGGUGAGGCGCGGUUACCCUGCCCCGUUCACUUCCGCCCAGGUGAGGGAGGGCCGGCGUCGUGCCCGCCCGCCCGCUCGCUCGCUCCCGACCCUCCGUCGGACCAGGUUUCUUUAAAAGGGAUUGAAGACAAUCAUUCAAAAUGCCUGAAAAUCCCGCUCCAGAUAAAUUGCAGGUCCUACAAGUUCUUGAUCGCCUAAAAAUGAAACUGCAGGAGAAGGGAGAUACAUCACAAAAUGAGAAGCUCUCUCUGUUUUAUGAGACACUAAAGAGCCCUCUCUUCAAUCAGAUACUCACACUUCAGCAGUCCAUCAGGCAACUGAAAGGGCAACUCAGCCACAUACCCUCAGAUUGUUCAGCCAACUUUGAUUUUUCUAGGAAAGGUUUAUUAGUGUUUACACAUGGUGCCAUUCCUAAUGGGAAUGCCCAAAGACCCUCUAAUAACUCGACUGUCUCUGGGUUAUUUCCUUGGACUCCUAAGUCGGCAAAUGAAGACUUUAAGUCAGUCAUUCAACAGAUGGCUCAGGGCCGGCAAAUUGAAUAUAUCGAUAUAGAGCGGCCUUCAUCUGGAGGCCUUGGAUUCAGUGUGGUGGCCCUGAGAAGUCACAGUCUGGGACAAGUUGAUGUCUUUGUGAAGGAAGUACAGCCGGGGAGUGUAGUAGACAGGGAUCAAAGAUUAAGGGAAAAUGACCAGAUAUUGGCUAUUAAUGACACACCACUGGAUCAGAACAUUUCCCAUCAGCAAGCAAUUGCGUUAUUACAACAAACCACUGGAUCUCUGCGUCUGGUUGUGGCCAGGGAACUGGCCCACACAAAAACGUCUGCCAGCCUAACUGAUCCUACGCUGCCUGAAACAGUACAUUGGGGGCAUAUUGAAGAUGUUGAGCUCAUUAAUGAUGGCUCUGGAUUAGGUUUUGGAAUAGUCGGAGGAAAAUCAAGUGGUGUGGUUGUGAGGACGAUCGUUCCUGGAGGAUUAGCAGACCGAGAUGGAAGACUCCAGACAGGGGACCACAUCUUGAAGAUCGGUGGCACAGAUGUGCAGGGAAUGACCAGCGAGCAAGUUGCGCAAGUGCUAAGGAACUGUGGAAACUCAGUCCGCAUGCUUGUUGCAAGAGCACCUGUGGGUGCAGUUUCCGAAACCCCUCCUACCCCUGCAGCCUUACCUGUUGCCCUGCCUGCUGUAGCUCACAAGAGCCCUAGGGCUGACAGUUCUCUUUUUGAAACAUAUGAUGUUGAACUCAUGAAAAAAGAUGGACAGAGUCUUGGGAUUAGAAUUGUUGGCUAUAUUGGAGCUGCUCAUACAGGGGAGGCUUCCGGGAUUUAUGUGAAAAGUAUAAUACCUGGCAGUGCUGCUUACCACAACGGCCAAAUUCAAGUGAAUGACAAAAUAGUUGCUGUGGAUGGUGUGGAUAUUCAGGGUUUUGCCAACCAGGAUGUUGUUGAAGUAUUACGGAAUGCAGGCCAAGUGGUACAUCUAACCCUAGUUCGAAGGGUUCAAAGGGAGGCGUCUUCAUCUGCUUCUCCUCUUGAAUGGCCUUCAGACCCAGGAACUGCUGUAGAGCCAUCGGAAACACCAGCCCGCUACCUAACUGGAGCAGUGGAAACGGAAACUGAUCUGGAUGGUGGGGAUGAGGAAACUGAAGAAAGAAUGGAUAAUCUGAAAAAUGACAACAAGCAAGGCGUAGAAAAAUUAGAAAAGGUUCCUGACUCUCCAGAAAAUGAGCUGAAAUCUAGAUGGGAAAACCUGUUGGGCCCGGAUUAUGAAGUAAUGGUUGCUACUUUGGAUACACAGAUUGCAGAUGAUGCUGAAUUACAGAAAUAUUCAAAGGUUGAAGGGCUCUGGCUUGCUUGGUCUCAUUUGAUCUUCAUCAUUUUAGCACUGACACUGCUGCCCAUUCACACUCUGAGGCUUGGCAUGGAAGUAGAUUCCUUUGAUGGGCACCAUUACAUCUCUUCAGUUGCUCCAGGUGGUCCUGUUGAUACACUGAACCUCCUGCAGCCAGAGGAUGAACUUCUUGAGGUCAAUGGUGUGCAACUGUAUGGGAAGUCUCGCCGAGAAGCAGUGUCUUUUCUCAAAGAGGUGCCUCCUCCCUUUACCUUGGUUUGCUGUCGACGACUGUUUGAUGAUGAAGCUUCUGUGGAUGAACCAAGGACCACUGAAGCCCCUCUUCCCAAGAUGGAGGCUGACCACAGUGUAGAAGUCGGUACUGAAGAAGAUGAUGAUGGGGAAUUAGCACUAUGGUCUCCUGAAGUCAAGAUUGUUGAACUAGUAAAAGAUCAUAAAGGCUUGGGAUUCAGCAUCCUGGAUUACCAGGACCCUUUAGAUCCCACAAGAUCAGUGAUUGUGAUCCGUUCCCUGGUGGCAGAUGGUGUUGCAGAAAGAGGGGGAGAGCUAUUACCUGGGGACCGCCUGGUCUCAGUUAAUGAAUGCUGUUUGGAAAACACCACACUUGCCGAAGCUGUGGAUGUGUUGAAAGCUGUGCCGCCAGGCAUUGUACGCCUCGGCAUCUGUAAGCCCUUGGUGGAAGAUGAUAAAGAGGAAGAAAGUCAUUAUAUUUUACAUUCAAACAACGAUGAAGACAAGACUGAACUUUCGGAAACAAUUCAUGACAUAAAUUCAUCUUUAAUACUUGAAGCACCCAAGGAAUUUAGAGAUGAACCCUAUUAUAAAGAAGAACUUGUAGAUGAGCCAUUCCUCAAUUUGGGAAAGGCUUUUCAGUCCGAACAGAAAGAGAUAGACCACAGCAAGGAGGCCUGGGAGAUGCAUGAAUUUCUGAUUCCUAGAUUGCAGGAGAUGGGGGAAGAAAGAGAGAUGCUUGUUGAUGACGAAUAUGAGCUAUAUCAAGAUCACUUGCAGUCCGUGGACUUGUAUCUCUCAUCACACCUUCAAGAGGCUGCUCCUGUUCCCUCUGCGAAGGAACUUCACUUUGGCACUCAGUGGUUGCGUGACAGUGCACCACCUGAGCUUCAGGGAGCGAGAUCCAUGGUGAGUCUGUACUCCCCGGAGGCGCAGCAGUACGGCUACAGCACGGAAAACAUGAUGAAAGAAAAUUUUGGCAUCAGUUCCCUACCCUCCAUACCCUCAUCUGAAGGAAACAGUCAACAAGGCAGAUUUGAUGAUCUGGAAAAUCUUAACUCAUUAACAAAAAGCAGUCUGGAUUUAGGCAUGAUGAUUCCAAAUGAUGUCCCGGGUCCUGGCUUGCUUGUUGAACUCCCAGAUGUGGCUCAAAGAAGGGAGCAAGAAGAUUUGUCUUUAUACCAACUCCCCAGGACCCAGGUUGUGUCCAAGGCCUCGGCAUACACAGCACCAUCGUCUUCCAAAUAUACCGCUGAUGCAUGUGAGUUACCUGAGAGAGAAGAAGGUGAAGGAGAAGAAACGCCAAACUUUAGCCACUGGGGUCCACCAAGGAUUGUUGAGAUAUUUCGAGAACCCAAUGUGUCUCUUGGUAUUAGUAUUGUUGGUGGACAAACUGUUAUAAAACGCCUGAAGAAUGGAGAGGAACUGAAAGGUAUAUUUAUCAAACAAGUUUUAGAAGACAGUCCAGCGGGAAAAACAAAUGCUCUUAAAACAGGAGAUAAAAUACUCGAGGUGUCUGGAGUAGAUUUGCAGAAUGCCUCUCACAGAGAAGCAGUUGAGGCCAUUAAGAAUGCAGGAAAUCCCGUGGUAUUCGUUGUUCAGAGCUUGUCAUCCACUCCAAGAGUCCUUCCUAGUGUGCAUAACAAGGCUAACAAAAUCGCUAAUAACCAGGACCAAAACACCGAAGAAAAAAAGGAAAAGAGACAAGGAACUGCUCCCCCUCCAAUGAAAUUGCCACCUCCUUAUAAAGCUCCAUCUGAUGACAGUGACGAAAAUGAGGAAGAAUAUGCAUUUACCAACAAAAAAAUCAGGCAAAGAUAUGCAGACCUACCUGGAGAAUUGCACAUUAUUGAGCUUGAAAAGGAUAAGAAUGGACUUGGACUCAGCCUUGCUGGUAAUAAGGACCGGUCACGCAUGAGCAUAUUCGUGGUGGGAAUUAACCCCGAAGGGCCUGCUGCCCUGGACGGGCGAAUGCGUAUUGGAGAUGAACUGUUGGAGAUAAAUAAUCAGAUCCUGUAUGGAAGAAGUCACCAAAAUGCAUCUGCCAUUAUUAAGACCGCCCCAUCAAAGGUCAAGCUGGUUUUCAUCAGAAAUGAAGAUGCAGUCAGUCAGAUGGCUGUUGCUCCCUUUCCAGUACCAUCAAGCUCCCCGUCUUCUGUUGAGGAUCAGAGUGGUACGGAACCUGUUAGCAGUGAGGAAGAUGGCAGUCUCGAAGUUGGUAUUAAACAAUUGCCUGAAAACGAAAGCUCCAAACUGGAGGACAUCUCCCAGGUGGCUGGUCAGCAGAAGGCACCGGAGUGUCCAACGGACAAUGCUGUCAGCCAGAUGAAACAGCAGCAAAAAAAUUCAACAAAAGUCUCCUUCAGUUCACAAGAGAUCCCUUUAGCACCAUCGUAUCACUCAGUGGAUGCGGAUUUCACAAACUAUGGUGGUUUCCAGGCCCCUCUGUCAGUGGACCCUGCCACAUGUCCCAUUGUUCCUGGCCAGGAGAUGAUUAUAGAAAUAUCCAAGGGACGUUCAGGUCUUGGUCUCAGCAUUGUGGGAGGAAAAGACACGCCUUUGGACGCUAUAGUUAUACACGAAGUCUACGAAGAAGGAGCAGCAGCCAGAGAUGGAAGACUUUGGGCUGGUGACCAGAUAUUAGAGGUUAAUGGGGUUGACCUGAGGAGCGCCGGCCACGAAGAAGCCAUCACAGCCCUGAGGCAGACCCCCCAGAAGGUACGACUGGUGGUGUAUAGAGAUGAAGCACACUACAGGGAUGAGGAGAACUUGGAGAUUUUCCCGGUGGAUCUGCAGAAAAAGGCUGGCCGAGGACUGGGUCUGAGCAUCGUUGGGAAACGAAAUGGAAAUGGAGUGUUUAUUUCUGACAUCGUCAAAGGUGGAGCUGCAGACCUGGAUAGGAGACUGAUUCAGGGAGAUCAGAUCUUAUCUGUGAACGGGGAGGACAUGAGAAAUGCCUCACAGGAGACGGUGGCCACUGUCCUCAAGUGUGCACAGGGGCUGGUGCAGCUAGAGAUUGGAAGACUCCGAGCUGGUUCCUGGACCUCCUCGAGGAAGACCUCACAGAAUAGUCAGGGAAGCCAACACAGCACCCACAGCAGCUUCCAUCCCUCCCUGGCUCCUGUCAUCACCAGCCUGCAAAACCUGGUCGGCACAAAAAGAGCUCCAGAUCCUUCCCCCAAAAGUUCAGGCACAGAUAUGGGACCAAGGACUGUUGAGAUCGUCAGGGAGCUCAGCGAUGCCCUUGGAAUCAGUAUUGCUGGAGGAAAAGGAAGUCCCUUAGGAGAUAUCCCGAUAUUUAUAGCUAUGAUUCAGGCCAGUGGUGUGGCUGCUCGUACCCAGAAGCUUAAGGUUGGAGAUCGGAUUGUCAGCAUUAAUGGGCAACCUUUGGAUGGGCUGUCUCACGCGGACGUGGUUAAUCUGCUAAAGAACGCCUACGGGCGUAUUAUCCUACAGGUUGUAGCAGAUACCAAUAUAAGCGCCAUAGCAACUCAGCUUGAACACAUGUCUCCAAGCUACCACCUUGGUUCUCCCACUGCUGAACACCACCCAGAAGACACAGAAACACCUCCACCUAAGAUUAUUACUUUGGAGAAAGGCUCUGAAGGAUUGGGGUUUAGUAUUGUAGGGGGUUAUGGAAGUCCCCAUGGAGACCUGCCAAUUUAUGUCAAGACUAUAUUUGCAAAGGGAGCAGCUGCAGACGACGGCCGGUUGAAGCGAGGCGAUCAGAUUUUAGCUGUUAAUGGCGAGACGCUGGAAUGUGUUACUCAUGAGCAAGCCGUGGCCAUUCUAAAACGCCAGAAAGGGACUGUAAUCUUAACUGUGCUGUCCUGAGCCUCAGGUCCUAAUCACAAGAUAGAUGCUGUAGAAUAGCCAUAGAAAGACGAAGCUUUGAGGAUGAAAAGCAGCCUCCCCUAGAAUUCACCUUCAUUUAUCACCUCACCCUUCUUGCUCGGGAGAGGUGGCUAGAUUUCACGGGACUUGCCCAAACCAACCAUCGACUCUGGGUGAGGUGAAUUUCUAGAACUGAACGAGUCUUACCUGAUUUGCAUCUCACAUCCACGUUUGGCCACUAGUAGGAACUGGUUCUGAUUAUCUCUGCUGAACCCGAAGUGAACCACCUCUCAUUCCUGUGCCAUUCUCUGCCCAUCCCCACUCACUCAGAGGCUUAACAGCAAGCUCACAUGUUUUCUGACAAACAGACACAAAUGUUAACCAACUUGUCAUCUCACUCGUGAUUUACUCGUGCUAAUUGUCUCUUCAAGUAUGCCAGAAAACAUUAGGAGUGUAAUUAACUUACCACUGCUCCCCAUGAUGAAACACCCCGUUCUCCUAUGGGAAAUUAUUGUGCUCUUUUCUGCACGACAUAGAGUCAGAUAAGUCUCAAAUUUGUUUCUCUGGGUAGAUCUUUAUAAGCUAGUCAUUGAUGAUUAUGAUGAGUCGAUUUACAGACUAUAAUCUGAAAAUUCUGGAAGACUUUCUGAUUGUUUUCUUGGCUACAUAAAUGUGUGCCACUGAGCAAAUGCACCUUAUUCUCCACAGGAACAAUUAGCAUCAACGUUCUGAAUUCUAACCAUGCUAGAUUAUAUUCAAGUCCAGGAAGUUCAGCUGAAGUUAAUGGCAUCUCAGCAGGCAGGCAUCAUUGCAUCUCUUCAGUCUUCAGACUAGGAGAUAGAAGCCCCAGAACCAGUCUGCAGAGAACAGUAAGUUUUCCCUCAGGUUAGACCUGGUGUGGGUGGCCUUGGACUUGUGCAAAAGCAGAGUGACAGAUUUAAAUAUCCUUCCCCUUGGCUCCAUACCAGUCAAUCUAGCAGCACAAACUGUAGGAACAAAAGGAUAGAACAACAUACUUAGCCACAAAGUGAGUGGAAAUGAACUCAGUUGAAGAAUCAGUGAGGGCUACUUGGCUGAUGUUUCCUGAUCUUCAAGAAGCCCCCCGCCUACCCAUUUGCCAAAGUUUUGCGCUAAGAAAGCAAUUGCUGCAGAGAAUACAAAAAAUACCUUUAAAGUUGAAUAGGGACAUUUUUAUUUGGGUAUUAGCAGGAAAAGGGGGAAGAUGCUUAUCAGUGAAUGUUAUAGUUCUUCUGUUUAAAAAAAAAAAAAGGUACUGUGAGAGAGGAGUACCAGGAUCAGUAAUCGAAGUAGUUUAGCAUCUUUGAACUAAAACACAAUGCUGCAAAUGGUUCAUGGUUCACCGUCAUUAUCCAAAUGGAAUGGACUCUGAUUUUAAAAUGUUAUUUAAUAAUUACAGAUUUUAAUUAAGAAUUACCUUCAAGUAGACAUCAUCACAAAGUGCAUUAACUCUCGUCGGAAUAUUUUGUGGCUAUUCCAAAGUAUAGAGUGCCUAAAUGUUAUGUUGAAAAUGUCUUUCAUGGCUGGUAUUAAGUUUUCUGAAGUUACAUACGGCUUUUUGGAAUUUCUGAUGUAUCCACCAUGUGCAGUCUUGUUAGGGUCUUAUCUUUCAGUGCAUGAGAAGCUUUCAGCCUCAGAAGUUCUAGGCUAAUUGUACCUGCAAGAACACCUGAGGCAACCUAGAAGAAGUGAAGCCCAAAUAAAACUUGAAAAUGCACCUUAAAAAGAAAAAGCAUGUGUGUGUCCAUGUGCUCACACAUGGGUUUAUGCACACACAUGCAUAAGACUUCAUAUAUGGCUUUUGAAAUGUGAUUCUGCUUGAUUUUGAUCCAUUAAAUAUCGAUUUCAAAAUAGCACCCUGCUGUCAUGUCUCAUACACAUUAUCCUCUUAGGUAAUGCCCCUGAACGUCUCCGGAUAACUGUGCUUUAUAGUCCUUGCUGCAGUAAAUUGACCAAUAUUUUCAUCCCUGGUUCUGUCUCUGCUGCACGACUACUAAAUAAUUGCCUUGCCAAAAAUGCUUUUUUGCAUCAGAACUUAAAAGCUAAGAGGACACCAAAGACGGGAAUUUGAAAAGAGCUAUUGUCUCAUAGCCACAUGUAUGGUUUUGGCCUAUGCAUCAUUUGGAAAAUCUAAGUAUUGUGAUUGGAGUGAACAUGAAAGGGAAGUCAGUCUGGAAAAACAGGACUGCCGAAUGUAUGUGUAAGAUGUUUCCAAAGAGUCUAAGUAAGUGUAGUUGCCUGAAGGGCAAAUGGAAUCUUAUAAUACAUGAAAAACUGUAAUUUCUA